AGAAAAACAUUCAAAGAGAAGAAAAAAAAACAGUUCUUCCCCAUUUCUUUCGGGUCCAAGCAGCGCGAUCGAAGAGAGAAGAAGAUGCCGGAGGCCACCCCGGGAAGCUCCGGUUACUUGGAAUUGUAUCCGGAAAGAAAAAUAUCGUAUUUCAAGAAUCCCUACAUUCUCGGAGUAACUGCUGCCGCUGGCAUUGGCGGACUCCUCUUCGGCUACGACACUGGUGUUAUAUCAGGGGCCCUUCUAUAUAUUAAAGAUGAUUUUGAUGAUGUCCGGAAAAGUAGCUUCCUUCAGGAAACUAUUGUAAGCAUGGCAUUGGUUGGUGCAAUUAUUGGAGCAGCAACAGGUGGCUGGAUUAAUGAUGUUUUUGGACGUAAGAAGGCCACACUUAGUGCUGAUGUUGUCUUUACUCUUGGAUCAGCUGUCAUGGCUGCCGCACCAGAUGCAUAUAUUCUAAUACUUGGCCGUCUUCUUGUUGGCCUUGGCGUGGGCAUAGCUUCUGUCACUGCUCCUGUAUAUAUUGCUGAAUCCUCACCAUCAGAAAUAAGGGGUUCAUUAGUAAGCACAAAUGUACUCAUGAUAACUGGCGGACAGUUUCUUUCUUACCUCAUAAAUCUUGCCUUUACCAAGGUUCCUGGGACAUGGCGAUGGAUGCUGGGCGUUGCUGGUUUGCCAGCUGUUAUUCAGUUUUUUGUCAUGCUUUUCCUGCCUGAAUCUCCAAGGUGGCUUUUCCUGAAGAAUAGGAAAGAAGAAGCUAUUUCUGUGCUUUCUAAUAUCUAUACUUAUGAACGUCUAGAAGAUGAAGUCAAUUACCUCACAGAUGUUUCUGAGAAAGAACGGCAGAAACGGAAGAACAUUAGAUACAUGGAUGUUUUCCGCUCAAAAGAAAUCAGAAAUGCUUUUUUUGUUGGGGCCGGACUUCAGGCUUUUCAGCAGUUCACCGGUAUCAGCAUAGUCAUGUACUACAGCCCCACAAUCAUUCAAAUGGCCGGGUUUAAUUCCAAUCAGUUAGCUCUUCUUUUAUCUCUCAUAGUUGCUGGCAUGAAUGCUGCUGGAACAAUUCUUGGCAUUUAUCUAAUUGACCAUGCAGGGCGAAGGAAGUUGGCUCUCUCAAGCUUGUCAGGUGCAACUAUAGCUCUGGCAAUCCUUUCUGCAGGAUCUUACCUUCAAUCAUCUGACUCCUCAAAUACAAUCUAUGGAUGGAUAGCAAUUAUCGGGUUAGCUCUGUAUAUUCUUUUUUUCGCUCCAGGAAUGGGACCAGUGCCAUGGACUGUGAACUCAGAAAUCUACCCUGAAGAGUUCCGAGGUGUAUGUGGGGGAAUGUCAGCUACUGUUAACUGGAUUUGCAGUGUGAUAAUGUCUGAAAGUUUUCUUUCAGUCUCUGAUUCCGUUGGUCUUGGUGGGAGUUUCGUGAUUCUUGGUGUUAUAUGCGUGGUUGCUUUUUUCUUUGUGCUCUUCUUUGUGCCAGAGACAAAGGGAUUGACAUUUGAAGAAGUGUCUCUCAUAUGGAAGAAGAGAGCCCGGGGUAAAGAUUCUAACAUACAAACCCUUCUUGAGAGAGGAAGCCAAUUCUAAGCGUCUCAUUUGUGAGCAGCAAUAUUAUUGGAAGUGAGCGAGGAAACCGAUCGUAGUCAUUUGAGUUGUUACUAGCUGCCACAUUAUGGGAUGGUGGUGGUUGUGUUUUGUGUGAUCCUAUGCUGUAGAUUUGUAUCAUUACAAAGACAUUAUUGGUCUGUUAACUAUAAUGAGAAAAUCGAGCAGACUUAUGAUUUUUGGUCUGUUAACUAUGAAUAUCAUGUUUGAUUGGCUACUUUUUUUAUUUUUAUGUAUGUAUGAUAUUUAAUGUUUGUAUGUUGCAU